AUGCCUCAGCAUGGUGGGCAUAGAGUUAACAAUGUUGAAGAAGGAGAGGUUGUAGAUUUGAUUGACAAUGUGGAAGAUGUUCAGACUUCUCUGAUGAUAGUAAAGGGCCGUUUGCUGAAGGGGGGUGUUGACCCGGGCUGUAAAGAAGAUUGUUUGGUUUGUUCAGAAACUACCAAUGGUUGUGACCAGCUGAAGGCUGGUAUUCAAAGACUGAUUGAUGAGGGCUGUCUCCAGUUUAGCCGGGCUGUUAAAGAGAAUGGGGCAGUGUCUACUGUCACUAUUUAUUUCAAGCCGUCUGAGGGACGAGGAAGAGGGAGUGUCAGUGCACCCACAACAAGCAAUACUCCGGUUACCAUCCCAGCUCCGGUGACCAUCCGUGCACCUACUACUAUUGUUGCGCCUGGCAGAAGGCAGGUUGAAAAUAGUAAGGCUGUGCCGUGGAGAUAUGACAACGCCUAUCGCAAUGAUAGAAGGGCUGGCAAUCAGAUUAGGCCAGCUAGUCAAGCGCCAGUAAUAAUCAGUACUCCGGUGAGAACUCCUGCUGUUGCAAGUCCUGUGGUGGACAAUAUCGACCCUCCAGAGGUAAUUGCUUACUACCUAGAGGAUUUGUACAGGCAAGGAGUGGACAUCACAGAAUUCCAGGUGGACUGGCUGCCUGAGUUUCCACCAUACUUCCAGAAGAGGACGCGAGAGCCCUCUGAGAAGACCAAGCAGGCGAAGAAAGCGAAGCUGGGAGAAACAUUUGGAUCAAGACCCUCAGUGCCUCUGGUUGGCUCUCUAGGUAAGUCUAUAUCUCUCCCUCCCUCUGUAAAAAUAAAACCAAUUGCUUCUACUCUCCCUCAAACAAACCCCAUAUACACCACUGCUGACACUCCCCCCUCAACCACCAGAUCCUCUAACCUACCAUCUCAAAAAUUCAACCUUGCCACCACAACUCUACCUGUUUCAGAAGCAGAAAUGCUAAAUGAAACCACUUCACCUUCUUCAUCACCAUCUCCACAAUCCCCACCUUACUACAACCUUUCAUCUGACACUGAACCUUCUGACCUUCACUCCCCCACUUUGGCUCAGCUCCAAGACCGAGUUGUGGCCUUUCAAAAUCCAUCACAUUCUAAACUUGAACCUGAAGUCACUUCCCCACCUCUGGAAAAUCCAAACACAACCACAUCUGAACCUCCACCAUCAGAACCAACUCACUCAGAACCACAACCCUCAGAACCAAUCCACUCUGAAUCACAACCAUAUGAACCACCACACUCUGAAAUACCACAACCCAUCACUUCUGCUGACCCAACAACUCCCACACUUAACCUAAGAGCCCCCACCUCACCCUCCCAAGCCUCUGCCAAUGAACCAGAAACCACACUUCUAACCCUUGAAGAAGCAAUUACGAGAAUCAGAGAAGCUGAAGCCAAGGCUCUUGCUGAUGUUGCUACUGCUGAAGCUGAGGCAAAAGCCAAAGCCGACGCUGAAGAAGCAGUGCGCCUUGCUGAAGAGUCUGCUGCCAAAGCCAGAGCUAAUGAACUGACUCAGGGGGAGUCCUCCAACGCUGGAUUCAUCCCUCUGGUCCUAAAGACUCUCGAAGAGCUGUAG